AUGGCUUUAAAAAACUGCAAGAGCAGUAGCAUUAACAAUAAUAAUAAUAAGAGUAUAUCGGAAUUUUUGAAGGGGCCGCAGAUAAAAGAAUGUUCAAAUACAAGAAAUAAAAGAAAGAAACGUAAAUGUCAAGAAAAGCUUCCUGAUUUUUCAUGUUUAAAAAAAUUGAUAUAUGAACAGAAGAGAAAAGAAAACUUGGGUAAUUUAUUUUCUUUUAAUGAUCCAAGUAUAAAAGAGAGAAUAGAUAAAUUUAAUAAAAUAAUCGAAAAAAACAGACAAGAAGAUUCAAAUUUAGGUUAUAAUGAAGAUGAUGAAAUAGCUGGAAACUUUUGUGAGACAUCCAAAUUUGGAUAUACAUUUAUUGAUAAAAUAAAGAAUAAUAAAAAUAAAGGUGAUGAUAUUGAAGAUUUAAUACAACAUGAUGAAGAAGAAGAAAUAGAGGAAGAUCUUGAUAUAAAUGAAACGGAUACACGAAAUAAAGAUUUAAGUACAUAUAAUAAUCAUGAUGAUAAUAAUAAUUAUAAUAUGGAAAAUUAUAAUGAUAAUAUAAAUGAUGCUAAUAAUAAUAUGAAAAAUAAUAAUAACAUAUUUAAUAAUAUACAUAAUAAUAUGCAUAAUAAUAAUCAAAAUAAUAAUCACAAUAAUUAUCACAAUAAUUAUCACAAUAAUAAGAUUGUGAACAAUUCUGAUAUUAAAAAUAAAGAUAUUUUAUUAGAUAAUUUAAAAUUAAGAUUUGAUGAAUUUAAAAUAGACACUUUAACCAUUCCACAAAAACCUAUUAAUAUUAUUGAUGAAAAUGGAAAAGAGAAAAAAAAACUUUUUAUCUUUAAUAUAAAUAAUAACACAACAAAAGGGAAGAAUGAAAAAAAAAGAAUAGAAAUUAUAUAUGAUGAUAAAGAAAAUGAUACGGAAGAGUCUUCUAUCGAACAUCAAACUAAUUAUUUGUAUGCUGAUAAAGAAGAACAAAAUAUAAAAGAUGAUCAUAAAUGUGAUCAUAAAUGUGAUCAUAAAUGUGAUCAUAAAGAUGAUCAUAAAUGUGAUCAUAAAUGUGAUCAUAAAUGUGAUCAUAAAGAUGAUAAAAGAGAUUAUAAAAAAGGUUAUUUACAGGAUGAAAGUAAAAAUAAUAAAAUUAAUGAUUCAUCAAUUGUUGGAUCGAUUUCUCAUACAAAUAAUAAUUAUAAUAUAUAUCCAUCAAAUAAAAAGAAUUCUUCUAUUUAUGAAUCCAACAAAUUAUCAAAUUACAUAUCAAAUAAUAAUUUUAAUUAUCUAUCACAUGAAAGAAUAAGAAACACAACAUAUGAGAAGAUAUAUCCCUGUACAAAUGAAAAAGAUAAUAUAAUACCACAUGUCAACACAUAUUGUAUUGGAAACUCUUAUCAUAGUAAUAAUAAAAUAAGAGUUGAAAGGAAAGAGAAUAUUUUGGAAUUAGUAAAUAAAAUUAAAGAUCAGAAAGAAUCUUACUUAUAUUUUGCUGUUAAGGAUAAUACAUUAUUAUUAAAUGAGAAUAAUGAUUACUUUAGUAUUAUGAUGCAUUAUUUAUGUGAAAGAACAAAUGAUUGGAAUAUUCAAAUGUUAUAUUAUUUAAUUAUGAAACCAGCUAAUAUGGAUUUAUUAUUAUAUUUAAUUUUAACCUAUUAUAAAUUUCCUUUUCUUGAUAUUAUAGAACAAUAUCAAAAUAUAUCUAUUAAUAAUAUUAUUCAAAGUGCAUAUGAAGAAAUAUCUUUAUAUGAUUAUUAUUAUUACGUAUUCCAUAUAUUAGAAAUAUCACAUGAACAAUAUUAUAUGUCCUUAGAACUAUUUAAUGGAAUGAAAUUUUUAUUAGAUAAAUAUAACUUUUUUCUAAGUAGGAUGCAUAAAAAUUCCAUUUUUUCAAAGAAUAAAUUUGUCUUGGGUCUAGGAGAUAUACAAAACGUAAAACACAUUUUUUUAAAUGAUAGUAUAAGUAAUAGGAUAUACCAGAAAAAAGAGAAACUAGAAUCGAAGGAUCACAUUGAUAAUGAAGACAUAGUAGACGGUGAAGAAAGUACUACAGAUGAUGCUGCAGAGAGGAUUAAAGAAAAAAGACGAACAAAAAAAAAAAAAAAAAAAAAGGAAAUAAAAGACAAAAAUAUAUGUCAGGAAAGGCCAUGUGUCAUGAGGGCUACAAGUAUGGAACAUAUUCAAGAUGGGUGCAUAGGCAAGUAUAAACAUGAUGAUAAUAACAAAUGUGACGAUGAUAAUAAUAAUAAUAACAAAUGUGAUGGUGAUAAUAAUAAUAAUAACAAAUGUGAUGAUAAUACAAAAAAUGAUGGAGAGCAUGAUAACAAUAAUAAUAAUAAUAAUAAUAAUAACUUUAAUACGCUGAAAAGAAAAAAUGGAACGCUACAAUAUAUUUUAAACACCAAACUUGAUUUCAUUAAUUAUCAACAGAAAAAUUUUUUUAAUGAAACGCACUGGAAUGAAAUGGAAAAUUAUUAUCACCUGAAUAAUUUAGAUAAGUUAGUCUAUUUUACAAAAGAUUUAUAUUAUAAAUUUACCAAAAAAAAUAUAUAUCAUAAACUAAACGAAAUAACAUGUGAACAGAAACAUUUUGAUAAGAUACAAAUUAUUGAACAUUGUAAAAAAAAGAUUCCUAAGUAUGAUAAAGAUGUAAAAUUUAUGAACUUCUUAGGUGUGUAUUCUCACUCUUUCAUAUGGCAGGUCUAUUGUUUAGAACUAGAACAAUUUUGUGUUUUAAAAUUUAAACGAAUAAAUUUAGGUUUCUUAUAUAUGCACGACCAUAAGCAGAUUGAAAAUAAGAAUAAAAAGAAAACUCACCAUAAGAAUGAUGAUAAUAAUAGGCAAGAAGGUCAUAAUGGAAUUGUGAAGAGUAAAAAAAUAUAUCUUGAGCAUAUGUCAUCAAAGGUACCUUAUGAAAAGCGCCAUGGGAUAAAUACCAUCCCGAAGUAUUAUAUGAACACAAAUGAGGGAGAACAACAAGUGAACCAAAAUUAUAAUGAAGAUGAUGGUGAUGGUGAUGGUGAUGGUGAUGAUAAUGAUAAUGAUGGUGAUGAUAAUAAUAAUGAUGGUGAUGAUAAUAAUAAUGAUGGUGAUGAUAAUAAUAAUGAUGAUAAUAAUAAUAAUAAUGAUAAUAAUAAUGAUAAUAAUAAUAAUAAUAAUAAUAAUAAUAAUAAUAAUCAUCUUCACAUUGAUUAUGAUAAUAAUAUUCAAAAUAAUAACAAUUUUUAUAAUGAUGAUAUACAACCACUAAAGGAAAAUUGUGAUUAUAUCAUGAAAGGAAAACAUAUCAUAGAAAUGUUAUAUCACCAAAUGGAUGAAAAAAAAAAAAAUGAAAUGAAUAAGAAAAAAAGGAAAGGAUAUAUUUUAAAUUUAAGACAUAUUGAAAAUCAUAUAACGAUAGCAUUAAAAACAUUUAAUUUUCUUGUAAAAGAAUAUAAAAUAGAAAAUAUAUUUUUCCCUAUAUCAGUAGAAAUAAGAAAGAAAAUUAUUGAAAAAAGUAAAUAUAUAAAUGGUACUCCAUUAAAUGAAUUUAUAUAUAGUGAGUUUUUAUCUGGUAUUGAUUUAAAAUUACGAGUUUUUAAAUUAAAAUGUAUUAUGUUAAAAAUAAUGAAAAUAUUAAUAACUUUUUUAAAGUUUGAUAUAUUAAUUAUACUUAAAUGUUCAAGAAUAUUUUUAAAAGAAGAUAAUUUAAUUAUAAAUGUAGGUAUUCCAUUAGGUUUAUUACCUAAUCGUACCGUUCUUUUCUUAUUAAAUAAUAUUGAACAAACCAUUGCUACAAAAUCAUAUAGUAAAACAAUAUUUCAUUAUAUUCCACCAGAAAUUAAAAAUAAAUUAAAAAUAGUAGAUUGCGAACAGUAUAUUAUGGAUUAUACUAAUAAUAAACAAACAGUACAAGAAAAUAUGGAUCCUUUAGAUUAUGAUACAGAAAAAAAUUGUUUUUAUUUUGAUGAUAAAUUAAAAUUACAAAAAGCAUAUUCUUAUAUGAUUGGAAAAAUAUUUGAAGAAACAUUAAUUGAUACAUUUACUGGUGAUAAAUUAGAUUAUUUAAAUUUCGAUCAAACAAUUAAAUCUUUUUUAUAUUCAUGUCUUCAAGAGGAUGUAGAAAAAAGAGAUCCUUUACAAAACUUAUUAAAUCAUAAAUGUUUUCAUGACUGUUUUGAUUUAUAUAUUAAUAUCUAUGAUGAUAAUAUUAAUUCGUAUAAAAAUGAUAAGGAAAAGGCUGUACGAUUAAGUGAUCUUAAUUAUAUUAAUAAUUAUGAUUACAAUAUUUUUAGUGUACCUUCAGACCAUUCCUCAACUUCAUCAUCUUUUUCAACAGACAGGGAAAUUACAACUUCCAGUAGGUAUUCCACAUCCAGUUCGUGA